AUUCACGCGAUUCUCCUCAUUUCCCAGCCAGGUGCUUCACGGGGCGAGAAUCCUCCGAGAAAAAAAAGCGCGCAAACAGAUCGCGGAAACUUCGCUUGCCGCGCUGGAUUUUGUGGCGCGCGUGACUGUUCUCCUCUCAGCCGAAUAGUGUCGUUUUGAAGAAGAGAAAUCUUUCAGCUUUGCGACAAACACGGAAGAAUUAGUGGAUUUUUCUCCCAUUGAUUCCGUUUUCCUACUCCUCCGGCUCUCCAGAAGUGGCAUGAUCCGUGUCUGUCUGCAGGACAGGUGAAUACUAUUUUCUCUUGGUUGGUCGAAGAACUUUUUGUUCUUAUUUUAACAGGGAACCGUAAAAAUGUCAAAGCCGGUAGAUCACAUCAAGAGACCCAUGAACGCCUUCAUGGUCUGGUCAAGAGGCCAGAGGAGGAAAAUGGCUCAAGAGAAUCCCAAAAUGCACAAUUCAGAAAUAAGCAAAAGACUUGGCGCCGAAUGGAAGCUGCUCUCUGAAUCCGAGAAGCGACCAUACAUCGACGAGGCCAAGAGGCUGAGGGCGCAACACAUGAAAGAACACCCAGACUACAAAUACAGACCCAGGCGCAAGCCCAAGAACCUCCUCAAGAAGGACAGGUACGUGUUUCCUCUGCCCUACCUGGGCGACACGGAUCACCUGAAAGGACUUCCGCUCUCAGCCACGGACUCGCUCUUAGGUUCCUCGGAAAAAGCCCGUGCGUUCCUGCCGCACACAUCAGCCCCUUACUCCUUCCUCGACCCGAGUCAGUUCAGCUCCAGCGCUAUCCAGAAGAUGACAGAGAUGCCCCACACGUUGGCCACCAGCACUUUACCUUACGCAUCUUCUCUGGGAUACCAGAACGGCGCAUUCGGGAGCCUGGGUUGCCCCAGCCAGCACACCCACACCCACCCGUCGCCCACAAACCCUGGGUACGUGGUGCCGUGUAACUGCACCGCAUGGUCGGCAUCGAGUUUACAGCCGCCUGUUGCCUACAUACUGUUCCCAGGUAUGACCAAGAGUGGGAUUGACCCGUACUCAGCAGCACAUGCCGCUGCUAUGUGACUUCACCACUAAAAACAGUCUCCUCUUUUGAAAACUUGAAUACAGCAAUGCAUGUACAUAAGAAGAGAGGAAUGAUCAAGACAUUUAUACUGAGGCCGUGUGGACAUGAACUUUUCACCAUCUACGAGAGGUUCCUUGGAUCCCAGCUUGGAUCUUGGAAUAGAUGUAAGGCAGGUGCCCAGAACUGUAAGAAAUGUAAAUGUUCAAACGUUUAUUAUUAUAGCUACCGG